AUGGAGCGUGCGUUGCCACCACUCCCCUACACGAUCUUACCGUUGACACAUGAUCCUUGGCCUCACGAUGUUAAAGACCUGCACUCAUCAGCACCGCAUAUCUCCUCAUAUUCGUCAUCUGUUUUGCUGAAGGCGCUGUUGGCCAUUUUUGUGCUAGUGAUGAUCAUUGUUACUGUGGUAGGCAACGCACUCGUUUGUCUUGCUGUUAUACUAGUGAGGAAACUUCAACAACCAGCCAACUUUCUUAUCAUUUCCCUGGCCAUCGCCGACUUUUUCGUUGGUAUGCUGGUAAUGCCACUUGCCCUCGUUGAUCUUCUCUUUCCAGUAUGGCCAUUGGGCAGGUCGAUGUGCAAGUUAUGGACGACUGCUGAUCUGACGCUUUGCACAGCUUCCAUAGUGAGCCUCUGUGCGAUAUCCGUAGACCGGUACCUGGUUAUCACAAGACCUCUGAGGUACUCAGCGAAGAGAACGACGACCAGAAUGCUUGUGUAUAUAGCAGUAGUAUGGGUAAUCGCAGCCGUCGUUAGCUUGUCCUCCCAUAUCAUCGCAAAUCUACUUGAUUCUCAGGAGACAGAUGGCAGAGUCUGUCAGGUUAUCCAGCAUUAUGCCUAUCAGAUCUACGCAACAAUCAUCUCGUUUUAUGGUCCAACGCUGAUUAUGCUGAUAUUAUAUGUGCAGAUUUGGCGUGCAGCCAAACGUAUUGCGAGAAAGGACCAUGAUCAAACGACACAUUUGCAUGUGGAGGAUAAGAUGGGGAAAGAUCACAUGGAUCUCAUUGCAGAAACACAGCAAUCAUUAAAAAUCGUGAAAAAUGACCAUCGUGGAUAUUUACAUAGGCCAAGUGCAUUGUUUCAUGCUGUAAAAGUGCCAUUGAUUCGACAAAAUGAUCGAAACGAAUGCAAAGCUCGAAAGACACUGGGUGUGAUUAUGAGUGUAUUUAUCAUUUGUUGGUUGCCAUUCUUUUCACUGGCUCUGCUAAAAUCAUGCUUUGGUCCUGUGCCUUACUGGUUGGACGUGUUUACGCUGUGGCUUGGAUAUUCGAAUAGGUACCUAUAUGAUCCAUUCAGUUUAUGGCCCUCUUUAUACCUGCAAUGA